CCGCAGUGGCAUUGUGCAUCCUGGAACCCUUGGCAGUGGGCCUGGUCCCCCUGCUGGCUGGGCAGAGCCAUUCCGUGAUGUCAACCUUCCCUGGAAUCCGGAGGAGAGUGAAGGUGGCACACAGAGAACUGUUGCUAUGGCAACAGCAGAAGCUGUCUGCAUCGGUGGGGCCAGGCAGGGCCGGGAAUAGCUUUCUUGGGAGACACUGCUCUAGAGACAAUGGAGCUAGGAGAAGCAACACAGCCAGCAGAUACAGGGGAGCCUAAGGAGCCAGAGUAUUCUAACCCUCUCCUGAGGCCUGCUCUCACUGGAGAUGUGGAGGGUGUGCAGCAGAUUUUUGCUGACCCAGAAGACCCUGAUGGUGAAAAGGCCAUGCAACUUCUCAUGGAAAAGGACAUCAUAGGGAGAGACCUACUGCAUGCAACCAGCAUGGCUGGACAGAGUGCAGUCAUCAGAGCACUGGCAAAAUACGGAGUGGUCAUGAAGGAUAAAACAGCCAGAGGUUACACACUCCUCCACUGUGCUGCGGCCUGGGGCCAGCUGGAGACUUUGAAAACUCUGGUAGAACUGGAAGCUGAUAUUCUAGCGAUGACCUUCCGGGGUGAAAAGGCCCGAGAUAUAGCCGACCGUUAUGCACAGACAGACUGCGUCGAAUUCCUGGACUGGGCAGAAGCUAAGCAGGCUCUGCGGACAUUCAUCGCCCACAUCCAGGCAACGAUUGCAGACCCAGAAAAGGUGCAGGGAAGGCUGAACAAGGAAGACAAGAACAUGUCUCUCAGCGCCUGUCGUGUAAAAUCUGACUGGCUUGAGAACACCAAGGAGCCCACCAGACAAGACUUUCUGGAUCAGAAGCAGCAGCUGGAAGAUAUCAUGCUUCCCAUCUUCACAAAGCUGGCCAUGCCCCGUCCUCUGACAGCUAAGAGCACCAGGUCAGCGCUGAACUGCAGCAAAAUCUGAAGCUUCAUUUCCACAGCUCUUGCCUGCCUCGGGGUCUUAUAUUUUUUUAAGCCUCACACAUAUAUAGUCAUCUGAACAUACAGCCCGAGAGCCAAACUUUGGUAUUUCCAGGACAAGAUUACCUGAGGGUGUGCGGUGGCAGAAAGAUUAUGGGAGAGGCUGGAUCCACAUGCAGACGCAGCAGCAUGGACCCAUCUGUGAUUAGUUUCUAAAUGCCAAGAUAGCAAGGUUGUUUUGCGGUUCGUGGAAGGUCAGAUGAGGUGCUGGCUACCCUACAUUACCGGAGUCAGUGGCACUUUAAAUUCAAUUCAACAAGACUUUAUUGGCAUGACAAGCUUUACAAGUGUUGCCAAAGCAUAAGAAAGGGACAGACCCCUCAGGACUCUGUCAGAGGCAGGGAUGACCCACUCAUGAUGAGAUUAGACACUGUCUUUGGGGUUAGAUGUCCUGUAGCUAGGUGUCAUAGCUGGCCCUUUCUGAUCCAGAGGCUGGUUGUUUCAGCACCUCAGUAAUUUAGAGGCUGAUCUUGAGGUGCUGAGCACCUGCAACUCCCAGUGACUCCAAUAGGGGCAGCCCUUCUCAGGGGCAGGGUUUUCAUUAUAGUGUUUUUUUUCCACCACAAGUCUACUAAUUGCAGACCUGCCUGAGAUCCCCAGUGCCUGCUCACCCUGAACUUUCCACUUUAAAAAAAUCAGCCUGACCUUGCAGUUCUUCUUUGAUGCUUUCCCAGGUGUAGCUGUUGUCCCAGAUGGCAGAAAACCUUCUGACGAUCAUGCCUCCUGACACAGGAAGGACAAAGCACAGCUGGACUGUCAGGCUCCCUCUCCCACUUCAGUUAUUACUGUAGGGCCCUAGUCAUGUGAGGUGCUUUGCAAACAUAGACGGCAAAGGCCCUGUCCUGGAGAGUUUGCAAUCUAAAAAUAGCAAAGUCUCUCACCUGUCCCUCCCUCGAAUCAAUGGGUGUAGUUUAAAAUCCUGCAGCCGAGCAUGUGCUGGAGGCUGUGCUCUGGCUACCCUGGCUGUCCUUUGCAGAGCUUCUGGGUUUUUUUUUCCAUGCUGCUUUAAACCUCAGUCUCGUUCUCGUUCGGGUCAAGGUCGUUCUGUGACGGGGAUGAGGGCUCGGCCUACAUGUGCUCAUUGUGUUCUGGACCAAACGUGGGUGGUCCCCAAGGGUUAUGCUGGGGCACCUUUCCCUGGCUGGAAUCGCCUGGGUGCCAAUGCCUCGGUAAUUUGCCUCCCAUUCUGUAGUGCUACAUGCUUUCCACAAGCAUGGUGCUCACAAGAGGCUUUCAGCCAGGAUCCCUCAGAAUGAAUUCCAUCCGUUCAGCUGGCUAGUGGAGCCAGCACAUGGCUGCUCAGACAAUCUCCUUGAUGAUACAAAAAAUUAAUCAAAUAGCAUAAAAGCUCCUCGGCCAUCCAGCAUGACUCACUGUCAUGGCAGCAGGCAGAAAGCCAGCUUGCACCAAACAUGCUGUAAAAUGAGUCAAAUCCACUGCGGUAGGAGCCGUUGCUUUUGAUUACUUAGCUGUCCUGUGCAUGCACCCUUCAUUUGAGCUCUGCCUGGGUUCCUAAGGCAAGCUGGUGGGUAAGUCAGGGAACAGCUAUGUUUGGCCCCUCUGUUGCCACAGGCACCUUAUAAAAUGCCCUGUUUAAAAAGUGUACCUGUCCGUUCACUCCAGGUGCAGUUCAGCCUAUGUGGAUAGCCACUGCAAAGCUCAUGCCUCAUUUAAACCUGAUUUAGAAGGUUUAAGUGGAGCAUAGGCCUUGCGCUGGCUCUCUGCAUGAGGGGAGGAGAAUGUCACAAAGAGCUGACACAUUGCUAAGCAAGAGGACGUGACCCUCAAGUGUCAGUGUAAAGGACUUGCUGAGGGGGGCCCUGUGAAUGACUACCUUAGAUGCACCUGUAUAUGUGGCUCUGAGUCUGCUCCGAGUGUCCCAUCCUGGAGCUGUGUGACUCCUCAGAAACUAUUCCAGCAGCUACAGCUGCUAGAUCUCUUUGUAGCCGGCAGUUAACAAGCUGAACUCACUUGGAGGUAAUAAAACCUGUUUUGCUCUCGGUUAAAGUGCAGUUAUGGUCAGAAAAGGGUCUGUAAAAAUAGCCAAUUGAUUUGCAGAGCACCUUUGAGUUCCAGCUGACCUCAGUGCUUUUGGCCCGUCUCUACGUUAAGUCUUGUUUAUUGUCAAACCAGCACACAUACCUUUCAUGGCAGAUGGGAAAGCUGUUGCAACCUGCAUAAGGGUCCUUCCUCCACUUUCUUCCAAUCUGCAGUCUUCACUCAUGGUGCAUACAUGGCUCAGGUUGGGCACAAUGUAAAUAGCAUGACCUCCUUUUUUCUCAGCACCGCUCGUUUCACUAAGGUCCAUUUCUCACCUGAGCCCCUUGCUGGGUUUUUCCCCUCUUGUAACUGGUAAAUCUACCCUUUUCCACAGGAAGUGCAAAUGAGUGUGCAAACAUUCACUCUUGCCUUGCUGCAUUUGACUCUUCCUUCUGUGUAUUUGUACCUCUCCCGUUUUUGAUCAUAAGUAACUUUUAAAGCAAAGAAACACUCAGUAAAGACAGAGAUGGAGCAGUGCUGCAGGCUGCCAUAGCAUUCUUAGCUGUUUUUAGGAGGUCAGGAAAGCCUCUGGAAGCUCAGAGUCCUGGCCUUGGCAACCACUAGGAGGCAGCAUGGUCAGGUAGAUAGGGUUUGGAUUGGGAGUCAGGAGACAGAGCUUCUACUCUUGGCUCAGGCACUGACCUAUGUGGGACCUUGGGCAAAUCACUUACUCCAUCUGUGCCUGAUUCCCCUCUCAGCCUUUGUCUUGUGCAAUUUAGAUUGCAAGCUCUUGAGGGAAAAGAUGACAUUUUGCUCUAUGUUUGCCCUAGCCCAGCAAGUCUGAUUUUCCUUGGGACCCCUUGGUGUUACCUUCAAAUAAACAGUCGCCUUGCUGCUGAAUAUGGCACUGAUACUGCCUUUGUGAAAGGAGCAGCUUCACAGCCCACAGGGCAGGAAGCCCUGGCCUAUCACCCUCUCAAAAUAGGCAUGAGGUGUUCAUUCCUGGCACAGAGGUGAUGCUAAGAGACUGGCUGAGGGCUCUGUGCCUCAAGGCCUUGGAGCUCCUGGAAAAGGCUCUGCCCCUUGGCUAUAACCAUCUCCCGCUGUGACAUUAGAAAAGGGAAUGGUGGGGUGUUACCAGUGAAGUGCUGUGAGCAAUAGCAACAUGAGCCAGAGGAAGCAGCAGAAAAUAGAAACAAGGCCAAGGAUCCACAGCACGUGGCCAGGCAGUGACGUAGGUUUCAAGCAGAGGUGAAGAGUAUUGGUAUAAUCCCCUGUAUCAGAACUGACACCAACCUCGUUGCCUGCCUCUGAAGAGCACCAGCGCUUACAACGUUCCUCCUCCUCCUCAAGAACAAAGAACUACAUCAAAUCUGGUGCAACUCAAUGAAAACUACACCUGCUUCCAGCUGGUCUGCAUGUGAGCCAUGGGCUGCAAUUCUGCAGUCAGGCACAGCUGAGCCCCUCUAAUGAAGGGUAAAGCUGGGCCCAAGAGCUCUGAGCAAAGGGGGGAUAUAAUAGAGGUCUAUAAAAUCAUAAAUGGUGUGGAGAAAAUGAAUAGGGAAGUGUUAAUGCCUUUGCAUGACACAAGAACCAGGGGUCAUCUGAUAAAAUUAAUAGGCAGCCAGUUUAAAACAGACAAGAGGAAAUACUUCACACAAUGGACAGUCAAUCCCUGUGGAACUUGUUGCCGGGGAUGUUGUGAAAGCCAAAAGUAUAACUGGGUUAAAAAAAAGAUUUGGACCUAUCCUCUAGAAAGUUAUCUAUCAAUGGCUAUUAGCUAAGAUGGUCAGGGAUGCAACUCCAUGCUUUGGGUGUUCCUAAACCUCUGGCUGCCGGAAACUGGGACUGGACGACAGGGGAUGGCUCACUUGAUAACAGCCCUGUUAAUUCUUUCUGAAGCGCCUGGCAUUGGCCUCUGUCAGACGCAGGAUACUGGGCUAGAUGGAGCAUUGGCCUGACCCAGUCUGACUGUUCUGAUGUACACUCUUCUUGGCAGCAUUGUUGGGCUCACUAGCAGAGAUGCCAAUCUGUGGGUGGAAGAAGUGAUCUGAAAGAAACCUCAUCUCAGGCUAUGCAUAUGUUAGUACCCCACACAGCUAUGCAGGAGGCUGUGAUUGCGUUUCCAGUCACAUACUAGGCCUCAGCGCUGCAGCAGGCUUUGGGGAGCAGACAAAUUAAUUAAAACUGUGUUGUUCCAGAGGGAGAAUCUUAAUGGCUUGGACAGCAUGAUGAAUCAUGCUGUGGUAUUCCUCAGUAUUAACCUAUUCCUCAUGAAUAGCGCAGUACGUUUACAAAGAACAGCCUAGGCCCUCCAUUACCUCACGCAAGAAACCUUUCAUCUAGCAAGCUAAAGCUUCGUUAGGGCUGCUGGCUUUGUAGCACUUCUGUGCCUGUGUUAAUACUUCUGUAGCAACAGUCGCACGACCCUGAGCUAAACCUCACCACUCUUAAGCAGGUAAGUAUUAUCCCAGUUUUACAGAAGGGGAUCUUAAGGCAACUAGAAGCUAAGUGACUUGCUCAAAGUCACAUAAGGAAUUUGUGGCAGAACGGGGGACAGAACCAGAUAUCUUGAGCUAGCCUGAUAGAAAAAGUCUAAACUCCAGAACUUAGAAGUGAAGCAGAAGAAGAGCCACACCUGGGGGUCUAACUUCUACCUUCAUAGGCUAUUUCUAACUUUCUCAUGCCCCUCAUCAGGUUUUUAUUAACAUGGUGUUGAUCCUCCAGCUGCAGCUGAUUUUCCUGGUGUGUGAAUGAAUAGGGAAGUGUUAAUGCCUUUGCAUGACACAAGAACCAGGGGUCAUCUGAUAAAAUUAAUAGGCAGCCAGUUUAAAACAGACAAGAGGAAAUACUUCACACAAUGGACAGUCAAUCCCUGUGGAACUUGUUGCCGGGGAUGUUGUGAAAGCCAAAAGUAUAACUGGGUUAAAAAAAAGAUUUGGACCUAUCCUCUAGAAAGUUAUCUAUCAAUGGCUAUUAGCUAAGAUGGUCAGGGAUGCAACUCCGUGCUUUGGGUGUUCCUAAACCUCUGGCUGCCGGAAACUGCAUCCGAUGAAGUGAGCUGUAGCUCAGGAAAGCUCAUGCUCAAAUAAAUUGGUUAGUCUCUAAGGUGCCACAAGUACUCCUUUUCUUUUUGCGAAUACAGACUAACACGGCUGUUACUCUGAAACCAAGCAAACUAGACUGGCUUCUUAGUCAAAUGACUGUAAUUUAAGAUUUCAGAAGCCCUGGAUAUAAAUCCAGGCAAAGCCAUGCUUCACAGUGGUGUGAAAUCUAAGGUCCCUUCACACUGCUGACAAAAAACCCACCAUAAAUAAAUAAAAAAGACUUCAUAGCUAAUUUAAAAAUUCCUUUCCCAGAGAAACAAAAACUAACCCUGCAGCUGGCUUGAUAGGGUACGGCUGUGCUUUGGGCACAGAACAUAGGUUCAGUCCCUGAUGAGCUUUUGUGCUGGUGAGGAAAAUAAAGAUGGGUGUGUUUCAUGCUGACUUGUGCUGUGUGACUUACCAAUUCAUUGUAAUAGCACGCACCCAAAAUAACACAUCCUGUAGCUGGUGACGUUGGGAGCCAGUUCUGCUGGUUUCAAUAUGUGAUGGGCCCUCAGAUUGGUUGUGAAAACAAAGAUAUCUUUGAUCUCUGAGGCAACAGCUUGUGGGUGAAUCACAAGUUCCUAUCACUGAGAGAAAAAGCAGCGCGUGUUUCAGUCGGAGGGGAUGUGUGAGAGACAUCCUACCUGGGCAAUGGUUAUGACACAUUAGGUGGUGUUCAGUUUUGGAGGUCAUUCUUCUUGCUUAAUGUGCAAAUUCCUUCCCAGAGAAAGCCAGGCACCACAUUGGCUUCAUUAGUGGACAUUAUCAAGGUGAGACUGUAAUAGGACAUUUGGG